AGUUAAUAGAUCUGUCCAGAGCCUGCACUGAACCGACUGGCAAGUUUUUUUCCCCCCACCAUGGCGGCUUUAAGGUCGAGAAAGUUGGUUGGGAGGAGGCGUUAGGACGUAACAAAACCUGUAGACGCAAAACAAGAGGGAGGGGAAAGUGCGGCCAGGGAUGUAGCUAUCUUGCUGAACUGUAGUGGUUAUAACGGAAGACGAGAAACGAGCCUGCUAGCCAGACAGAAAAAAUAAUUUUGAAUUUUAAACGUUGCAUUCGCUCGAAUUGAUUAUUAUGUUGUAGAUUUGCAUGUGCCUAGUUACUAUUAGUGAUAGUAAUUCAGUAGUAGUUUUCAAGCAACAUAGCUAUGGUAAAUUAGCAUACCAAGUACCGGUAACCUUCUCACGCCUUAACGUGCAUUGACUCGCUUAACGAACAUGAAGAGUAUCGUUGGUAGCUAGCUAGUGGACAUAAUAUUGGUGGAUGGCUAGUCUUGCUUUGGUGACGACGUGCGUUUGAAAUCUCAGAAGCUAAGACUCUCGGGCGCUUCGUCUCGGACGAUGAUGAUUCUGCAAAGACUGACCCUGGUGGAAGGCAAGAAAACAAUGGCCACCUUUGAAUUCAGCCUACUGAAUCCAAAUCUUGAAACAAGUUUCCUGAUGGAGCAAACUGCUGAAAGACUGUGAGAACACGUUUAAAGAAAGAGAGGAACAAGAAGACUAGCGAGAGACACCAGAACACACAGUGACCAUGUCCUCCAGGGAGCGGCGCUCAGAACUGCACAUCAAGGCGGAGCCCAGCAGCCCGGCUGGGGGAGACGGGGGCCUGGCCAGCCCCGGGGGGGCCUCCUCGGACUCCUCCCAAAGCGGAGGAGGGGGAGUCAGGAGCGGGGGCGCCGGGCGCUACUCCCCGCCCCUGUACCCGCCGCCGCUGCGCUGCCACUUCAAAGACGAGGCCGUGGACGGCGUGGAGGAGGGCUCCGCGGGGAGCGGAGGCGGGCGCUGCAAGUACGCCCUGAGCACCCUCCCCAAACGCCUGUGCCUGGUCUGUGGGGACGUGGCCUCGGGGUACCACUACGGGGUGGCCUCCUGCGAGGCCUGCAAAGCCUUCUUCAAGAGGACCAUCCAGGGUAACAUUGAGUACAGCUGCCCGGCUUCCAACGAGUGUGAGAUCACCAAGAGGCGCAGGAAGGCAUGCCAGGCCUGCCGCUUCACCAAGUGCCUGAAAGUAGGCAUGCUGAAAGAGGGGGUACGUCUGGACCGCGUGAGAGGUGGGAGGCAGAAGUAUAAACGGCGACCGGAGGUGGAGAAUGCUACAUACCAGAGCUCGCCUUCUGGGCCACAGAAGAAGGAAGGCUCCUCCAACGUCAUCAUGUCCCGCCUGCUGAUGGCAGAGCCGGAGAAGCUGUUCGCCAUGCCGGACCCCCUGCAGCCCGACACCGCCCUGCGCACCCUCACCACGCUCUGCGACCUGGCCGACCGCGAGCUCGUCGUCAUCAUCGGCUGGGCCAAGCACAUCCCCGGCUUCCUGUCCCUGUCGCUGGCAGACCAGAUGUCCGUGCUGCAGUCGGUGUGGCUGGAGGUCCUGGUGCUCGGUGUGGCUUUCCGUUCCCUGGGCUGCGAGGAUGAGAUCGUCUUUGCCGAGGACUUUGUCCUGGACGAGGAGCUGUCCCGUCUGGCUGGGCUGACCGAGCUCAACGCGGCCAUCAGCCAGCUGGCCCGUCGGUACCGGGCCUUGCAGCUGGACCGCGAGGAGUUCGUCAUGCUGAAGGCCAUCGCUCUCACCAACUCAGAUUCGGUCUACAUUGAGGACGUGGAGGCCAUCCAGAGGCUGCGGGACAUCCUCCACCAGGCCCUGCUGGAGCUGGAGGGCCAGAGGAGGCCGGAGGACCCCCAGCGCACGGGGCAGCUCCUCCUCACCCUGCCCCUCCUCAGGCAGACGGCCAGCCGCGCCCUCUCCACCUUCUACGGCAUCAAGACCCGCGGGGGCGUGCCCAUGCACAAGCUCUUCCUGGAGAUGCUGGAGGCCAUGAUGGACUCGCCCUAGGAAGGGGAGGAGAAGCAGAGAGAGGGGGGGAAGGGGAGGGCGGGUGUGUCCAUUCAGGUGGGGAGAGUAUGAGAGAGAUGGUCUGGGUUUAUUUCCCCACGAUGGCGAUUAGGACCGAACCAAAUAACUUUUGAGAGGAUUUGAGAGAAGCUGGAGAUGUGUGGUGAGAAACUUGAUGAUGGCCCUCGGCUCAGGAAAUGAGAACAGAGAGAGGACGUCUGUGCAUUCACUAAACAGACCAGAGGGCUACAGGACAAGAUGGGAGACACGGGUGCUUCAUCAUGCAUCACAUGGGUGGAAAUAUUUAACUUUCCCACAUUAAAAAAAGAGGCCCGUUGGUAUUAUGAAAUUAAGGCCAGGUUUUCUGUGUGAUGAAUGCAGUUGGGCUAGGAAUGAGUUUUUAUGUACUUUAGUCUGUGUUAGGUUCUCAAGGUAUUUUUUACUUGUUGGGUUCAAACCAAAAAUAUCCAAAGUGUGAGUGUGCCAUACAACAUAAUUGUACUAUUUAAUAACUUUGGUGUUUCUGCUAACAAAUCUGUUGUAUAACCUAAUUAAUAGAGUAGUAUGUGGAGGGUAUUUAGGAAUAAUCUAAUACCAAAUAUGGAAAUGCGGUUGGAUUUGUCGAAAGAUAAAAAAAAAAAAUAUAUAUAUAUAUAUUCUUUAGGAAUCGUCAAUCCAUUUUUAAGUUAUUUCCGCAAAUGGAUAACCGACAUUGGAAGUGGGGAUUUUUUUGUGCAGUAGUUGCAGUGUUUGCAAGGAAGGCUCGGUGGAAGAGAUUGAUGAGCUUCCCUGCUCCUUGACUACGCUUCCCUGGCACCUCCACUGAAUCAUUUUGGAGCCGUAAAACCUAUAAGGCCGACACCUCUAUUCUCCUCUUUAUCCAAGAGAAUUCAAAUGAACUCUGGCUAUGGGAGACGGGACGUCGCCUCAAACGGAAGCUGUUAAAGCACGUGUGCACGCUGCAGUAUGCCAAAGAGUGGGUGUAGGGAAAGAGGCCCAAGUGGCCAUGGCCGAGAGGAGAACAAUGAACCUUAACCGACCUGUGAACAAUAGAGAGGCCAGCUAAGCGUACCCCCCCCCCCCCUCCCCGAACCCAAGCCUGCUCAGAAGCCAUAUGGAAGAAAGAAAAUGAAAAUGAGAAGAUGACCGAUGUGGAACGUGUCUUCUAUUGCGGAGUUUAAAAGCAACCAGAGCUCUAGGAAACUACUGUACGACACAUGGACACGGAAUGGAUGGUCCAGUUUGAAGAGUUCACUUGUAAUUCUGCUACUCCUGAGGGGAAGUCAUGAAGUUGUUUUUUUUUCUUUUUUUUCUGUAGGUAUCAGUUUUAUUUCCUGGCCAGUUUAAAUAAUGAAAUAAUACAAAAGGCGUAUGUAUAAGAUAUGAACACAGACUGACAUGACAGACAUGCACUUGGACGUACUCUUCGCAAGCAAUGCAAGUUUGCAUUGAGGACACUUUGAAGUUUCUUUGCCUUCAAGAUAAAAAGCAAUAUUUAUGCAGAAUAGUGAACGCUGCUGAAAUAGCAAUGACAAUGAACAACCAUGCAUACUCACACUCUGGGCUGGAGGAGCAGUGUAUUGCAAUGAAGAAUAUAUAUUUUUCCCUUAAGCAACACAAUGAGCUCAUCUAAUUAAUAUUAAUUGGAUGAUUCUCUUGCAAAUGUGUAAUACUUUUGGAUUUUGUUGCAUUGCAGAGAGACCAAAGGGAAUUCUGGAAAUUAAAUCUUUUGUACAAGUUUAUGUUGGACAAGUUGUGACAGUGGGUUUUCUUCAAUUUAUUCUGUGGUCUGCAUUAGUGGGUGAUUGCAGUGGGAAAUGAUGGAAAUGACCAGAAGACCGCAAUUCCCAGGCCAGUGAGCACAUGCAAGGCCCAGAUUAAAGGAGAGCUAAUAACAAGAUGUCAGCUUGUUAUGUUUUACGUUACCAUCAGAAUGAGUGGUGUGUCUGGAUUUCAUGUUAAACCAAAUCUUUGGUCCAUAUAUGCAAAACUUCAUUUUCAAUUAGAAAGACACUGGGAUAUAAUUUAUAUAUAAUCUAUAUAUAAUGUUCAUUGUGGGCCAUGUAUUGUAAUAUUAUCUGGCACAUUACAAAUCUCAUUUUUGAGUUUCCCAGUGUACAUUUCUCAGAAGUAUAUAAAUUAUACUCACUGGUAAAACAUUGGGUAACUGAAGAAGGAAAAUGGGCGUUUAAUUUGGUGCCCGAAAAUGAUUCUUGAGAUGAUUCAAGAAUAUUGUGGUGUCGUAAGGCGUGGGCAUUCGCUUUAGACUCACCAUGAAGGAAAUGCGGAAAUAAGUUUAAACAUACUCUGAAGAGUUUUGGUUGCACUUGAAAAUGAAGAUAGAAUAGGUAAUUCAGACUAAUGUAUACAAUUCAAACCACUUUCUUAAAUCUAAGAGGAGUAUUAGCUUUGAAGUCUGUGUCUGAUGACAGACAUGGAGAGAUUGCGGCAGUUGGAGCAGUGAUCUGAAAGUCUUGGUCAAGCACCAGGUACAUUUCGGGUAACUGGGGAAUUUUUUCCUUGGUUUAGUGCAGGGGCAGGCAUCCCUGGUCCUCGAGUGCCAGAGACUGUCCUGGUUUUUGCUCCAUCCAAACCUAUAACUAGAUCAAUUAAUUGAUUUCAAUUAGUUGUAAUUAAUCACGUUUGAUUAAUUCAGGAGACCAAGUGACGGAGUCACUCCCAUUUCACCUUUCAGAAUAUUCAGGCUCAGACUUUUAAUUAUCCAUCAAUCCUCUUGAGGGCGAGCUCAGAUGGAACAAAAACCAGAAAUAUCACUGGAGCUCCAGGACCAGGGCUGCCUUCCCCGGGUUUAGUGGGUUCUUGUUGCAAACUUGGCAAAAGGACAGGAAGUUCCUGUACCAACCCAUUUGCUGGUAGGUCUCAUUGGACUGAACCUCUUCAUUUUGUAUUUGUUAUGUCUUGUUUUAAGUGUUACCUUUUUUGCAGUAAUAUGCAUCACUCUGUUGAAAUCCUAAAUUGGAGGCUUCAGAAACUGAACACACAUAGACUUGAUCUAUGAAGGGGGCCAUUCACCUCCAUUGCUCAAGGGCUUAAGUCAAUGUUUUCAUGCAUCUCUUUCAAGCAAGAGCAGAGAAGAGGGCUCAACUGGCUUCAUUAAAAUGACUUACGGAUUUAAUUAUGGCUCAAGUGCAAUGAAACCUGCCCAUAAGGACCAGAGCUGAAGAGACCCAAUUUUUAGAGAAAUUGGACAGUUUCUACUUGUGCAAAUACAAAAGCCUUCUUUAUAGAUUUUGCUUCAUGAAGCACUCCUUGGUUUGCCACCAUAAUUGGGGAAUUGGAACAAACGAGGGCACAUGUCUAUACCUUGAGGUUUUAGACCAAUAAAGCAAGUGCCUGUUAGGAUCGUCAUUCAAUAGUCCACUGAGGUCUUAACUUUCAAUCGGGCCAUGAAGUUUAACACAGAAAACAAGGAACUGUGAUGAUUACAAUGACUAGGUGUACAGUAACCAGAAAACUUGCCCCCCUUCCCAUGAUGUAUUGCGUGUCAAUUUCCAAAUGUAUUUAAGAACAUUAAAAGAAACAAAAAAAAACAACCACAAUCCAACAAUAUUUAUCUCAUAGGUUUUGUCUGGUUGAUGGGGAAAAUGUUCAAAGUGUCAAACAUAAGAUCACAUUCUGAUGUAGAUGCCUGAACUCUUUCGAUUCAUACCUGAGAAGUCAGGUUGUUCGUUCUAUGUCGUUUAUUCAUGUUGCUUGUUUCCUGUUAGGCCAGUCCUCAGGUUCAGUAAGUGAAAUCCUGUAAUCUGUGAUAAUGGUGUGAAUGUAAAGUCAAAAUACUGUUUCUUCAUUGUUCAUCUUGUAUUUUUCAUGGUUUUAAAACUAAUACUCAAAGGUAUAAAUGAUAUUGUCGUACUACUGUUUUUUAAAAUGAGCUGAGCCAGGGAUCUACAAUACUUAUUCUUAGUUAUUUUUUACCCAUUUCUAUUCUGCAUCUAUUCUGCAUCAGUGAGCACAUGUAGAGGUUGUGCUUUUCAUGAAGUGUAGCAGUUAUCAGGUACUGAAUGUAGGAAUGACCAGUACAGGACAGGACAGUGCUUUGCUGUAUUAGUUAGUAGUAAGGGUUGUAAGUGGUCUGCUUAAUAAGACUGCAGUACUGUAGUGCAUCGGGCUAUGCUGGAAUACACUGGACACUGGCCUUUGUAUAUUUCUGUAAUGGCUUGAGAGAAUGUAAUCAGUUAGUUUUAGAAAGAAAGUCUGAUACAAUGUGGUUUUUCAUUGGCAAUACAAAUGCAAUUCAAUAUUGGUGCAGUGAACAACUUGUACGGUGACACAGUGAGAAAGGAAUUUACAUAAUGGGUCCUGUCUAUCGUUAAAUGCAGUUUAACAUUUUAUAUCAAUUGCUAACAUUUUUGGUGGUUUUAUUUGGUGUUCUAAACGUUACCUGUCAAGACUGGCAUUUUGCCUGAAUUUGAGGAUAUGAUAACCAGCACAUAAUUUAUAAGGGAUAUAAGGUGGCAAGAGUUUAUUUGUCAUUGUUUUUACACUGUGUGGGUGUUAAUGAGCAAUAUGAGCAAUAACCAAAACCAUGUUUAUAUUUAAAAAAAAAAAAAACAUACCGUAUAGCCAUGUAAUGUAAAUUCAACAUUAAUAUUUGAAUAACUAAUAAUAUAGAAUGGUGAUUGAUGAGAGAAUUAUAUUUCAGCAAAUGUAUUUAAAAGAUAUUUAAAAUUCUAUUUUCAUUAUAAUUUAACAUACUGAGGAUGAUUAUUUCAGUGUGUAUUGUUAUUGACACCUAUUUUGUGUGUUUUUGUGUGUCUGUCUGUGCACUGUCAGUUGGCUCAAUUGGUUCUUACAGUACUGUUAGAACCAAUUGCUGCUCAAUUCAGAAUAACUGUAGGACUUUAAAAAAUAGAAUUUCUUUUGACCCAUUACUGUUCUGUGUUUUAUAAUAAAAUAUCACAUUGUGUGUCUCUUGUUUUCCCUUGCCACAUUCAAAAACUAUACAAAUAAAUGUCAUACUUGCCUUUA